UUCUUAAAUAGUGUAUAAUUUUAUAGAGCAGCGUUAGAAUUAUGCCAGAAUAUUAAUCAUUUAGUUGCUGUGAACAAUGGCAGCUGAUCCGGUGUAUGGAAAUUUUGAAUCCCUAGAAGGGCUUCGCAUUGAUGGAGAUGACGACCCAGUGUACGGAAACCAUGAUACUCUUAUUUUCCGGAAAAUUAUAGAAGAAAAUUUGACCAUAGACAACAUCAUUGGGUCAAGAUAUCAGCCGCCGCCUCAUUUCCCUGCCAGUCGGCCGCCUCCGAGCAGCCAGGCGGCGGAGCAAGCCAAGGGCGGCAGCGAGUGGGUGCACGUGAUUGACUCCGAUGAUGGCUGGUCCAGCGACGAAUUUGAUGACAUUACUGAACAAGAUUCAGUCAACGCCAGUCAUGAUAUCCUAAUGAUGAUAAUGAACUGUACAUGACACCAUCGCCAGCGACAUCCGCACCAAGUUACCCAAACCAACAGCCAAGAACACUAAGCAAACCCAGUGUGUCGCCUCCAGCACUGCCUUUCUCGAAUAAUGUGCCUCCACACACCGCCCAAAAGGGGUUUCCAAGUCCAGGCAGAGGUACUCUUGUUAACAGAAUAGGAAAGAAUCCCCCAUUCUCUGGAGGCAGUCAAGCAGCAGGACCCAGGGGGCAAACCUCUGUAGAUCCCCCACGGCGUGACCCACCAGCUCCCCCAGGGAGCAGAGGACCAGCACCUACCCCAGCAUUUAAUGUUCCUUCUAAAGGCCCAGUGGAUCUGGCCCGCCGAGUUCCUCCAUCACUGCCUGGACAUCUAGGAUCAACGGGAUCUCAGGAGGGUCCACGAUGGGGGCCGAUUCAAAGAGCAGGGUCCCCAAAGACAGUAGGCGGACCCCCAGAUAUUUCUCGGCGUGGACCAGUGCCGCUAGCAACUCUGGGAGGAAAUUCAGACAUGUCACGACCUGGGCCUCCUCUGCUCCCAGUCCUUCCCAAGGGCUCGACUCAAGCAGGCCAGACGGACAACUCGCGGCGUGGACCAGCACCUGUUCCUGGCCACCUGGGCUUACAAGAACAACAGAGUUCCGUCGAUAUCACACGUCGAGCCCCAAUGCCCCUGCCAGGGUCACCGACAAUAAUGCAGCAAGGACCCGCUGUAGCAAAGACAAAUUGUGGGGCAUCUGAGGUGCCGAAUGCCCCCCCGGCGCGUGUGCCCACCAGACCUCCUCCAAGAGUGAACAGUCCUAACAACAGCCGACCCGUGAGUCCAAACAGCGGGGUUGGGAGGGGCAGCCUUUCAUCGCAGCCGCAACUUCCCUCACUUCGUGGGAAUUCUAAUGAAGCAAGCCGCCCUGAAGUUCGAAAGACCAAUUCUCUAAAUGAGACAAUAAAUAGAUUCAACCGCCUUUCGCAGGCAACCUCUUAUACUCCGGAGGAGUUCGGCCACGAGUAUGAAGUUGUAGAAGCUCCUCGUGGUUCAUUUGCUAAUCAAGACAACUCUGCUUCAGGUCAACAGAAUUUACCAUCUGCUAGUAGUCCUCCAGCAUUGCCACCCAGAAAUCAAGGUGCAAGGGAAGCCGGAAGGCGCGGCACCGGGGGCAGCCAAUCUCCUACACACCAGCUUCCCCUGCCAACGCAUGGCUUGGGCCAAGUACGACCUCAGAAUGGUGUUCCCCAGCCGCCUCAGCUCCCUACCUUGCCACCGCCCCCGAUCCCGAAACAGACUCCCAAGCAGUACAAUCGACCUUCACAGCCCCAUGUGCAUCCAACAAACCCGCAGUACCUGGACCACCCACCCACGGAGAUGGCGCCAGCAGUACCUGGCUACACUGGGGGAAGUACGGGCAUUGGGGGACACCCGAAGCCAGGGGCAGAGCGGGUGCCUCGAGAGGACGGAGGAAUGGUGGAGCUAACCCCGCUCUACCGGAGCAUAUUUGACCGCCCUUACUUCCACAUCAUAUCUCGUAACAAGUCCCGGGAAUUGCUUGAGAAAGCCGAAGAUGGUGUGUUUCUCAUACGACCUUCAACACGUUCCAGUGAUCCACUCACCCUCUGUCUCAGGUACAGGAGCCGCACCUAUAAUAUCAACAUUCGAUGUCGCCCUGACGGGCUUUUUGCUCUUGGUUCUGAGAAAACCAAUGAGAUGACAUUCUCUUCGGUAGAUGAUAUAGUAACGACAUACACUCGCGAACCGAUAAAGCUUCAGAGCGGUGAUCGAGCCAUGCUAACUGUUCCACCGCCGAAGUCAGAUCACAUAUAUGUAAAAAUGCCUCUGCCAAAAGUAUUAGGUUGUCAGGAAAUAAAAAUGCCCAUGUGAGGUGACUCAACUUUGUACAAUGAAUUGUUAAAAUAUCUGUUAAUGUUGUACACAAAUAUGUGUUUGAGGUGAGGUAUCGAGAUUCGGUACUGUGUAGAAAGAAUACCAGUAACUGGAUAGCAUAUAUUUGUAUUUUUUAUAUUUGUAUACUCAUAAUUGCUUAGAAAUGUUAGAAUUUGUAUUUUCUUACGUUAAUAUGUUGCAUAUCUAUAUUGCCUUUUGCCUAUGUGCAGUAAUUGCUUAUACUAAUUAUAUUUCAUGAUUAUCUACCCUUAUGUACUGCUGUGUUUUGUUGUUGGGCCCCGUUUCCUUUGAAGGAAGCCUACGCUGUGCAGGCAGGGAUCCACUUGCAUCAGGUCCUUCUGUAGCUGUUGAGAUGUGUCAGUUUAGGCUGUGUGCUCUUGAUGGCGUGGGGCCUGGGAUUUUGAUAGAUACGUGUGAGUGUUUGUGCAGGCGUGUGUACGUGUGCAUGUUGCCUGGUGUGCGUAUGUAUUAGUUGAGUGAGGGGUGAUAUCAUUUGAGGUCUACUCUCCUCUCUGGGCAUUUGUGUUUCUGCGCUGAGUAGAACGGGUGGUGAACGACCAAGCAUUUUGUUUGUGACCAUGUGUAAGGUUUGUUUGGUGAAGUUCUUGCGACUGUAGUCUACUUAGAUGAAAACAGGUGAAAACUAUUUUCAAGCGAGGAUGUUUGUAAUGUGGUGUUGGUAGAUGUAUAAACAUGUUGUGACAUGAAUGUAAUGCUAUUAAUCGUAUUCGUAUUCGUCUUACCUUUGUGUGUUCAUAGGUAUAUUUUUAUGAUAGAUGUUCAGUUAGCUCAUAUUGAAUGAGCAACUGAAGAAAUAAAAUGGUUGUUAGGCAAUGAAGCUAAGUGUCUGAGAUGUAUUAUGACAUAUCUCGCUAAAUGUUGGCAACAUCUUAUUUUAUUCACGUUUUUGGUUGUUUAAGUUAUGCUUUUAUAUUUGCAGUGUCACGAACUGUAAGUAUAUAUAUCUGAUUAUCAUUAAUUCUCCUUGUUAUUUUCACAUUAUCCCAUAAGAUGAAUAUUUAUCAAUUUGACAAACACCAUAGAUAUAUUGCCUGUUGAUCUCAAAUAUAGACAUUGUAUCCUAUGCAAUCAAGUAAUUGUAAUCUGUAAUUGGUAUAUCAAAAACUGUCAUUUUGCAUGAUAUUAAGUAUGAAAGGGUAUUAAGUAAACUCAAGGUUUGUGUACUAUAAUAAUUGCAUUCACAAUUUUCUUUCCUGGCGAUUAUUCUUUCCAUCUGAUUUAAAACCAAAUAAAGGCACACAUUCUGAAAA